AAAUUUGCAUGUGUGACACUCAAGAGUAUGAGGUUCGGACAGAGCGCGCUGCAGGUCGGAGAAUGACUCUCUGCCCGUUUGGUCUCUGGAGAUGCACAGCGCGAGUAAAUGCAGCUAGGACUGAAUUUGGCGAUGACUCUUCGUUUGCUGGAUAGUGUCUGAGAGGUUUACGUCGAGGACUUUGACGAAGGUCGUUGGAUUCGAUGGCUGCUCGGUCUAGCUCGGACCGGGAGUUUGCGCUGUUCUCGGGCGCGGAGGUGGAGUUUUUGGCGGAGGAUGACACGGUUGUCAUGGUUCCUACUCUACGAAUAGACACCCUGCACUUGAUUUGUGAUGUUUAGCGGCUGAAGCUGUAGUGGAUUAUUGUGGCAUUUGGUGAGGAUGGCCGAUUUCUCUACAUCAACGCACUGUCAUCAUUGGAUUUUGCAUCGUUCAACUCUGGUUGACAAGUUAUCUAAUAGCAAUCAAAGGGCACAAGAAGCUCUUGUAAAGAUGGUGCCACCCGAGUGGACGUUCCGCCGGACGGAUUUUCGGCUUAUCCGGAGAACCUUGAAGUGGAGGCUGCAAAUGGAAAGAGAGAUCCGACUCCUGAACACCUGACCGUGGAGGAAGAACUGAUGAUGAGGAUUCACUACGAGCAGAAAAUUCAAGAAGUGUGUAAAGCAUUUGCAUUUCCGAACAAAGUUCAGUCCACAGCAAUUUUGUACUUCAAGCGCUUUUAUUUGAAGUCGUCUGUUAUGGAGCAUCAUCCAAAACAUAUUAUGCUUACGUGCAUUUACCUUUCAUGUAAAGUUGAAGAGUUUCACUUUUCGGCGGAGGAGCUAGGCAAGGGUAGCAAGCAAGAUCCGCAAGUGGUCUUGAAGAAUGAAAUGACGGUUUUACAAUGCCUGAACUUCGAACUUAUCGUUUACGCACCGUACAGAUCCUUGGAUGGUUACAUUUUUGAUCUAGAGAAUUCUGUUCAAAUGAUGGGUGCGGUAGCUGUCAAAAAUGUCCAGGAACUUCGGGAGUCUGCCAUCUUUGAGAUAGAUUCUAUGAUGUUAACGGACGCUCCACUUUUAUUUCCUCCUGGGCAGCUAGCUAUGGCCGCAUUACGAAGGGCAAAUGAAGUGGACAAGAAAGUGGAUCUCAAAAGAUAUAUGGAAGGUAUAGUACAUCGUCUAGAGACCAAACAUUCGUUGUUAGAACUGGAGACUGCGAUGGAAGCUAUCGAUAAGGCGGUGGGGAAUUCCAUUCACGUUGUUGAAGCAGACGAUGUAAAAUGUAUAGAUAAAAAGUUGAAGAGAUGUAGGAAUCCUGGUCUUCAAGAUGAACUCAAGAAACGAGAAAGAAAAGGAAAACAAAAGCAGAAGAGGCCGUUGCAAGAGGGGGCAUCACCUAUGGACCCCAUGUGUGGCAUUUUUACUUUUUCUUUGUUAGAUGAAACGACCCGUCUCAACUGUGCAUAGUAGUUGCAGGUAGCUUUAGCUUAAUUGGUCCUUUAACCCAUUGUCAAGACUUCAUAUCAAUAAGUCAUCAUCCUUUGCAGCAAAUGAUGCGUGUCAUCAUUUAUGUGACACAUCAUGAAGUCCUGAAGUACAUGAAGUGAUGAAGUACAUCAUUUAUGUGACACGCAUCAUGUGAAGUCAUCAUUUAUUUUAAUGAAUGACUGUUAGGAAGUUAAUCAUGUGUUGUAUUCGCGGGGGGACACGAAUAAUCACGGAGUGAAAAGAAGACAUAGUGAAUCGGAAGGAUUUUUUUAGGCUGGAGGGUGUUUGAAUCAUCUACAGGCGCAGCCUCAUCGAAAGAGAUGACUAAAGUGCCCUUGAGAAAUUCGACCAACAUCAACAAGCUUCUGAAACAAGCUCUUCUCAACAAGCAUCCAAGAAGUUUCUGGAGAUGAUCUUCCUGCUCUUCCGCCCCAUUGUUACAGCAGCGGGUCCUCGAAUUGGAUUCGAAGUUGGGGCUGACUCAGCCAUGACAAUUCUAGGUCUUGGAUACAGGGCAGCUGCUAAAUUCAAGGAGUAUCGCCCAUGAUGCGACCAUACUUGUACCUAUGUAUAUUUGUGCCCUUCAUGCAGGAGCUGAGACGUGCUCUCUCGUUGAAUUGCAGCAGGAUAAGCUUUGCUCCUCAUCUGUAGUGCCGUCAAGGGGCAUAAUUCAACAGCAUAAUUUAACAAGGGGCAGCAAUAUUUCCCACUGCAAUGUGGAGAUGGGGACACGCAUCAUUUGCUGCGAGGAAGCUUCUCUUCAUAAAUGAUGUAGUAUAAGCCGCAGAUGAAACGCAUCUUGAACGCUGGGCGAUAUUACUUGGCAUCUGAAAAGUUCUCUCUACACAAUGAAACGGAUUGAUUCCGUGAUUAGGAACCGCAAUUCUUUACUUUUACGGACAGACUGAUAUUGCUCAAGCAUCUCGACUUCACAACACAAACGCCGUGAUGAUCAGAGUGUUUGUGCUGAGCAGUCGAAGUAGAGUAGAUAGAGUAGAGAAGUUCAAAAGACCCUUGUCAUAUUAGAGAUCUUCUUAGUUUAAGUAGUGUUCAUCUUACUUCUAUCACUGUAAAAUUCAUGUAGUCAUCUAAAGUUCCCUUCUCGCAUCUGUGGAGAUCUUCUUCUGUCAAGAUUCAAAUCAGUUGAGAGAGUUCAUGGUUCUUGUCAGGUCAAUAUUACCGUUAUUGCAUUGACGCCGCAUCACUAGGAGAAAGCCGA